AUGCGGCGAAGAGAAAGGAGUCGCUCAAGAUAUCGAGACCGUCCUCGUGAUGAUCGCUAUCGCGACCGUCCUCAACGCGAGCACGAGUCACUUCGACCUCGUGAAACGCGGGGUGAAGAUCUACCUGCGCUUCGACGAGACCCUCGACUUUCGCAUGUAGACCGACCUCGGGGUGGAGCACCUGCAAGAGACGAUCAUAGACAUGAAUUGCGAACCAAUAGCCGGUAUGGUCAAAGUGCUUACCCUGAUAAUCGGCAAAUGGAACGCGAUGACAGGCAUGCCUAUCCUGAUGAACACUACAGAGAUGACCGAUAUGAUCGAGAAAGGAAUUCUCGUGGAUAUCAUCACUCUGAAAUGUCCGAACGAUACCAAGAUCACAAGGAUAUCCGACAGGAACAAAGAAAGGAUCCCAGAGAUCAAAGAGAUCGAGAUCAAAGGGGUCAGAGUGAUCGCAAUAGCAAGAGCAAUCGCAAUAGUGAUCGCAAUGAUCCUCGUCAAAACGACCGAGGUCGAAAUGAAUGGGAUCGAAACAAUGAUCGUCGAGAAGACCGUCAUUGGGAGCACAGGGAUGAGCGAAGGGACUUCGAGUACUCAGAGCAUAGAUCCAUGUCAAGCCGACCACGUGGCCGACACGAAGCACGAGAAAUUUUCAUGACAGAAAGGAGAGCUCCAGAUGUUCGGGAACUUCGAGACUAUGAAGGCCGAAAUGAUGUACGUCGUCCGGAGAUCCGGCGGAAAGGUGACCUGCGGGCGGGUGAUCGGCCGAGGCUUUCCGGUCCCAAUGACAUUGCGCUUGGUCCGCAGAGAAGAAGUCAUGGAACUAGGCACGACCGAAGAGAGAAUCGACUGCGAAGCCGCGGCCGCAAGGCUCCUCGUGCAGAACGUCGACCUCUUCAUCGCAACGACAAGGUUGUGAAGGAGCGACUGCGUCGCCGAACGGCUGACGAACGUGACAGGCAACCGGUUCAACCUGCGCAACCAGAGCCUCAAGUUCAGGUGGCCCAGGUCGAGGAGACUCCACCUCCAUCUACACCCAUGGAGGUUGUAGAAGAAGGGCAGGCACCCGAUCCGAAGGUGCAAAAGGAUCCGAGCGAUCCGAAGGAAAAUGACAAGACAGAGCAGACAGAGCCAGCAGGAGAUGGCCUGGAGGAUGGGGAAAUCGGUUCAGAGAGCAGUGAGUCUGAGGAAUGCAACUCGGAGGCCGACUUUGACCCAUCACCCGAAGAAACAAUUACCAUAGCCGUGGCCGAGAAGGCCGAGGAAAGCGGAGCCACAGUGGAGACAAUCGAGGCCGAAGAAGCCAAGGAGUCACAGCUAGGCUCCGAACAGCAAGAAACUCCACCUGAUGAGCAAAACCAGAAAAGCCCAAGGAGGGAUGCGACCCGAACAAUUCCUGUGCCACGGAGCUUGUCGAAGGACAUCGCAGGUGCCUGUUCAUCCGGGGCCGAGAUUCACAUUCAGGAGCAAGGCCAAGCAGAGCCAUGCCUGGUCACUGUGUCUGGAACCACCGAAGAGGUAGAUGUGGCAGUGGCCCAGAUCCGUGCUUUGCGAGAAAAACAAAGGGCGAAUGACCCAGUGGAGCUUCUCAUUCCCAGAACUGUGAAGGGGCAAAGGAUUCUCCAUGCCUUGGACAAGGAGCAGAUAAGGCGAGUUGCAAAUGUCACACUCAAUGUUGAGGAUGAUACAGAGGAGUACUGCAAGGUGACGCUUUGUGGCCAGCCACCAGACACUGAACGAGCAUGGCUCGCAGUAGUGAAGGCAGCGCUGGGCAAGGCAGAAGAAAAGGACGUUGCUGAGCAGUUGUCUCGUUCCUCUGGGCAUCUAGGCUCAGGGAGACAUUGA